AAGCAAGCAGGUUCUACAAAAAGUAUGAGCAGACUUUGGAGGGUACUUCACGGGCGUUCGCGGCGGAAAUACCCAUGAUGCCGCGGCUUGGCGAUUGGGAAAAAUUCAAAGAAAAAACUGGAAUCGACAUCGACAUUGACUUCAACCAGAGGCCACCUGGCGAUGCGUUAUCGGCUAUAGAACGUUUAGAGCGUAUAGAGAAGGAAACUUCGGAACGUUUAAGCGUCGGCGGUUCAAGCGAUCUCAAUUAUCCGCCUGUUACUAAGUUCGGUUGUGCCGUAACUAUCAUGAACGAUUUCGAUUUAUGGAAAGCUGAAGUUAUAGCUCCAACAAAGCAUGUAGGAGGCGAUGCAGCAACGCUCUUUGAUGAUAUACUGUCCAGUAACGACGAAGCGUCGUUGCAUGAUUAAAGAUGCAUUGCGUAGCGUGAACAAUCGCUUUUCGUGCUAGUACAUUUUAGAAUCUAAUUUCUUUAACUCUGCUGCUCCAGAGCAAAAUUUGGUAAGGACAUUUUUUUUGUGAAAAUAUUUUUUUAACGGAAUACUACUCCCUUACUAAGUACUCACCAACUUGCGGUGACAGCUGCUUCAAAAUUCUAUAACUUACCAGAUUUCCUGCUGUUUAUUAGUGGUCAUACUAGCAUAUCAUACUGAUAUGACCAAUAAGAAUGGUUUGUAUUUGUGGUCAUAUUUAGUCGGCAUUAACACGGCUGUUAUAAUAGCGGAGUCUAUAUGGAACGGUAGUAAAGUUAGAAGUGAAAAGUUGACAAAUUCUUAAAUAUUUUGUAUUUGAGUAGGUGAUAGAAACCGUUAUUUCAAACGUCUCACUAUAAAGGAAAAAUCACACUUG